AUGAACGGAAGGAUGCGCUUUUCGAUGGACGCUAUACUGCAUCAAAAUCGACCUGCUUCUUUAGCCAGUACGGCAAAUAAAUCCCGGAAACGGACACUGAGUGAAACAAGUAAAACUGAAGAAGAGGAUGGUCCAUCAUCAUCAAAAUUGUUUGAAAAAUGUUGGAGCUUAGAGCCAUCCUAUGAAAAAGUUCGAGUUGAGGUUGACACUUUGACUUCUGGUACAUCAUCAAAUCAUGGUGGUCGCUCAAAAUCCGGAGCUACAAAACCUGCAUAUUCAUAUAUUGCACUGAUUGCGAUGGCUAUUCUAAAUAGUCCGGAAAAAAAGCUAACACUUUCACAAAUUUGUGACUUUAUUAACAACCGGUUUCAGUAUUAUCGAGACAAAUUUCCUGCAUGGCAGAAUUCAAUUAGGCAUAAUUUGAGUCUGAACGAUUGUUUUGUGAAAAUUCCACGUGAACCUGGUAAUCCCGGUAAAGGUAACUAUUGGGCAUUAGAUCCAAAAGCAGAAGAUAUGUUUGACAAUGGAUCGUUUUUACGGCGAAGAAAAAGGUUAUUUUGUUCGAUGCAGUUUACCGCACCGCCGUUCCUAACCCCUGCACCAUUUGUGCAGCCACCGUUUAUCCCGCCGACGGUUCCGCCAUUACCGCGGAUGAUACGUACACCGGGAGCAUUACCGUAUACGUCGGCAACACAGAUGAAUCCUCGUAUCAGCGAUGCAUUUCCAGCAGCCCGGAUUCCGGAUCCUCGGACAAUGUUGGCCUAUCAGUCGUCACCGUUUUCGUUUGUGUCCACCGGUAUACCGGCAAAUGCCGAUCAUCAAAAAUAUUUGGCUGCGGUAGCUGCCCGAGUUGUUUCAUCACAGCAAACAGCAGAACCGCAGAAAUAG